UGAUUUGAUAAGGCGCUUUUGGGCGGGUCAAGCAGUGAUCGUGUUCUUGAAGUACACGCGGAACUGGUCGUGAGUGGCGAGUGUAGAAUAUGUCAGUGGUUCCUAGUGUGAACGACUGUUUCCAGGAAUGGGAUGGCCUGCAGAAAGAAUUUCAACAGAUACAGGAGACUCAUCGUCUAUAUAAGAAGAACCUCAGUGAAGUUACAAAACUGCAGGAACAAUGUCUGGCGACAAUUACUCGGCAGAAAAAGAAACUUAAGGAGCUUUCAACUGCAUUAAAAUCAUGCACAAGUUCUGCAAAUGCUGAUGAAAUUGAGACCAUUAAAAAGAUUCAAGAUUUCAUAAAAGGACAAACAAGUGCUUUCUUUGAAAUGGAAGCAUUCUUGCCCAAGAAGAACGGAUUAUACUUGACUCUGGUUUUGGGAGAUGUCAAUGUAACUCUGCUCAGCAAACAGGCCAAAUUUGCCUAUAAGGAUGAGUAUGAGAAAUUUAAGUUGUGUCUCACUGUUAUUCUCCUGGUGGUUUCAUUCACAUGCCGGUUUCUUGUAAGCUACAGAGUGAUUGAUGCAGUCUUCAACUUCCUUCUUGUUUGGUAUUACUGUACACUCACAAUCCGGGAGAGUAUAUUAAUUAACAAUGGUUCUCGAAUCAAGGGCUGGUGGGUUUUACAUCAUUAUGUUUCUACUUUCCAGUCUGGAGUUAUGUUAACAUGGCCUGAUGGCCCACUGUAUCAAAUGUUUAGGAACCAGUUCCUUUCUUAUUCAUUAUAUCAAAGUUUUGUGCAAUUUCUUCAGUAUUAUUAUCAGAGUGGUUGCCUAUACAGACUGAGAGCUCUUGGAGAGAGACAUACAAUGGACCUGACAGUAGAGGGCUUUCAGUCAUGGAUGUGGAGAGGCUUAACAUUUCUUUUGCCAUUUCUCUUUUUUGGACAUUUCUGGCAGCUAUACAAUGGGCUAACACUGUUUAAACUUUCUGAGCUCCCAGAAUGUAAAGAGUGGCAGGUUCUAACGUGUGGUUUAGCCUACAUGAUUCUUUUUCUUGGAAAUUUUUUUACCACACUACGAGUGCUUCACCAGAAGAUUCAGACCAAACUUCAUGAGAGAACCAAAUGUCUUUAAAAAUGGCAUAACUCAUGGAUUAGAAAAAUUGUUGAAGAUUGUAUACUGUUCUUCUAACAAAGAAGAAACCUGUGCUUGUGACUCAUGCAAAUUAUGGACAAAUAUUAUCAUUGGAAGAGGAAACUGUGAUGGAAUCCAGAUUAAACUAUUUAAAUCAAA